UUGGAUAUAUUGAAUUCAAUUAAAAAAGUCAAUCAUUUAAUCAAAAAAAUAAAAAAAUAAUUAAAAUGAAAUUUCUAGUAUUCGGUGUCCUAUUACUGACUGUGGCCUACGUUUGUGAGUCGGCAUCACUCGGAAGCCGAUCUCUCGAUGACGACGUCAAGAAGCAGAUCCUAACCCAGGUAUCCAAUCUGUUAGAUCAGGCCCGCACUGCCAUCGACACACUCAAGAAGAGCGGCAAAUCUGAACUAAAACAUGGACUCGAAAAAGCUAUUGAAUUGGCAAAGAGUAUCAAUGAUAAACUUAAAGCACUUAAUCCAACCACAGAAGUCGGUAAAUCCAUAUUCAAAGGCGUGUCAGUCAUAGCUUCAGAGGCUGUAGUCUGGUUGGAGUCGGAGCUAAAGAAAGUUCCGCCAAUGGAUGACAUCAACGACGAUAUCAAAGAUUUGGUACUCAAACAAGUCAGCGAUAGUAUCGAUCAAACUCGCAAAGCAAUCGAUGAUUUGAAAAAAUCUGGUAAACCAGAGCUCAUUAAUGGACUCAAGAAGACAAUUGCUUUCGUUCAGGACAUUGAAAAACAAUUACAAGACUUGAAACCAACCACUAAUAUCGGUAAAGCAUUGUUAGAAGGAAUCCAGAAGUUGGCCACAAUUGGUGAGAAUGCUCUACAAAAUGAAUUGAAGAAUAUUCCUCCAUUCGAAAGCCGAUCCCUCGAUGACGACGUCAAGAAGCAGAUCUUAGCCCAAGUAUCCAAUCUGUUAGAUCAGGCGCGCACUGCCAUCGACACACUCAAGAAGAGCGGCAAAUCUGAAUUAAGACACGGACUCGAAAAGGCCAUUGAAUUGGCAAAGAGUAUCAAUGAUAAACUCAAAGCUCUUAACCCAACCACAGAAGUCGGUAAAUCCAUAUUCAAAGGCGUGUCAGUCAUUGCUUCAGAGGCUGUAGUCUGGUUGGAGUCGGAGCUCAAGAAAGUUCCGCCAAUGGAUGACAUCAACGACGAUAUCAAAGAUCUCGUACUCAAACAAGUCAGUGAUAGUAUCGAUCAAACGCGUAAAGCAAUCGAUGAUUUGAAGAAAUCUGGUAAACCAGAGCUCAUAAAUGGACUCAAAAAGACUAUUGCUUUCGUUCAGGACAUUGAAAAACAAUUACAAGACUUGAAGCCAACCACUAAUAUCGGUAAAGCAUUGUUAGAAGGAAUCCAAAAGUUGGCCACAAUUGGCGAGAAUGCCCUACAAAAUGAAUUGAAGAAUAUUCCUCCACAAUAGACAACAUUUGUUAUCAAUAAUUAUAAAUUAUUUGUACAAUAAAAUUGUACUUUAAAUUCACUUUUUUAUAAUAUAAAUAAAUAAAAACUGUUU